UCCAAAGUAAACAUCAACAGUCGAAAAUCGAGUCCACCCUAAUAUACGGCAGUAGAGAGUUCCUCCUGUCGUCUACUUGAAAAUGGCCGCCCCCGAAGUCCACCACCUCUUUCACAAUCCGAUUGCGGAUCACUCCUUUUCCUCCGACAAGAGCACCCUCGCGGUAGCGCGGGACACCAACGUGGAGCUGUACCAGAGGGGAGGUAGCAAAUUCUCCUUGACGGAUGAGCUGAAAGGCCAUGAGAAAACUGUCACGGGAGUUGACAUUGCUCCUAACAGUGGCCGCAUUGUCACCUGCUCUCAGGAUCGCAACGCAUACGUCUGGGAGCGAACUCCCGCUGGCUGGAAGCCUACCUUGGUUCUCCUGCGGAUCAACCGGGCUGCUACCUUUGUGCGAUGGUCUCCGUCGGAGCAGAAGUUUGCGGUUGGAUCAGGGGCUCGCGUGAUCGCCGUAUGCUACUUUGAGGAGGAGAACGACUGGUGGAUCUCGAAGCACUUGAAGAAGCCGAUCCGAAGCACCAUCACUACGCUUGCCUGGCAUCCGAACUCGGUGUUGCUGGCUGCUGGCUCGACGGAUUCGCACGCUCGUGUCCUCUCUGGCUAUAUCAAGGGUAUUGAUCAGCGCCCAGAGCCAAGUGGCUGGGGCGAGCGUCUUCCUUUCAACACAAUCUGUGGAGAAUUCUUGAAUGACUCGGCGGGCUGGAUCCAAAGCGUCGGUUUCUCUCCCAGUGGGGAUGCCCUUGCCUUCUCUGGGCACGAUAGCAGCAUCACCGUGGUUUACCCUAGCGCCCCUGAACAGCCCCCUCGAGCGAUGUUGAAUAUCACUACCCCUCUUCUGCCAUUCAACAGCUUGAUUUGGAACGGCGAGACCGAGAUUAUUGCUGCUGGACAUGAUUGUGAGCCGUAUCGUUUCCGCGGUGAUGAACGUGGGUGGCAGCUUGCAGGACCUCUUGAGCACAAGGCCGGACCGGGUGCUGGAAGCGUCCGCGAAGAGUCUGCCCUUAACAUGUUCCGUCAAAUGGACCUGAAGGGCCAGACGCAAGCUGACACCCAACUGAAGACGACUCAUCAGAACACCAUCAAUACCACGAGGGUUUAUGAGGAAGCUGGUGGAGCCGUUCGCAAGUUUAGCACGAGCGGUGUUGAUGGUCGCGUAGUCAUCUGGACUGUUUGAAUUGACAAUUCUGGUGUUAUUUAGACAUUAGCAGCAGUUGAGGCCAGUGUUGAUUAGAACAUAGUUUAUAUUAUUCCAUUUAAACGAAUUCCCAA